UGGAUGACAGAGAGUCUGUUUGCAACAAAGGCUCUGGAGGAGCUGCUCUGCAACACAGAUGUUAUUUGGCAAGCUGGGACUUUCACUCCUGAAAGUUCUGAUCUCACUGCUGUUCUGGACAUCAGGUCAAGUUCUCCCAGUUCAUCUGACUGUGAAUCCCAGCAGCUCUCAGUUUUUUCAAUAUGAAUCAGUGACUCUGAUCUGUGAGGAUGAAAACAGAUCUGAUGGAUGGACUGUGAGGAGAAACACAAGCAAAGGAACCAGAGCUGACUGUAAAGGAUGGGGAACAGCAGUUGGAUCUUCAUGUAACAUAAACAAUCUUGUCCCACAUGACUCUGGUGUGUACUGGUGUGAGUCCAGGUCUGGAUCCUCCAGCAGCAGCAGCAGCAGCAGCAGCAGCAGCAGCAGCAGCAGCAGCAGCAGCAGCAGCAGCAGCAGCAGCAGCAGCAGCAUCCAGCUCUCUGUCUCUGGUGGAUCAGUGAUCCUGCAGAGUCCUGUCCUCCCUGUGAUGGAGGGAGAUGACGUCACUCUGAGCUGCAGAGCAAGGAAUCCAACCCACAACCUCCCAGCUGCUUUCUAUAAAGAUGGCUCCUUCAUUGGUGAUGGAUCAUCAGGUCACAUGACCCUCCUCCAUGUUUCCAGCUCUGAUGAAGGCCUCUAUAAAUGUAACUUCACAGGUCAUGGAGAGUCUCCAUCCAGCAGGAUCUCUGUCAAAGAGAAACCUCCAACCACCUCUCCACCUUCCUCCACCACUCCACCUUCCUCCUCCUCCUCUUCCUCAGAGAAACCCACCAACAUCUCUGACUCUACAGUCCCACCUGGUCCAGGUUCUUCCUCCGUCUCUCUCCUAGUGCUGCUUCCCAGUGCAUCUCUUUGUGUUUUGGUUUUCCUGCUUUUACUGGUUGAACUGGUUGCAUAUUUGUACAGAAAACCAAAGGUGAUGAAGGAGGAAGAGGAGAGGAUGACAUCACUUCCAGAAACAUCAGGACGUUUCAGAGUAAACAGAAGAAAACCAAACCAGGAACAGGAAAUGCUCUGAGGCGGCGCUGCUUCACUACUGUUCUGUACGCCACCAAGACAGAAGAAGAAGAAAAACUUUGAUGCUGAAACUCCUGGAGACAGAAAAUGUUGUUGAUGUGAAACUGGAUCCACUGACAACAGGAAGAAAACAUCAGUUCUAUAACUCAGAGAGCUUUCUGGAAUAAACUGGAAACAUUAGAAAGUUGUUCAUUCACAAGAAUCUGAUUUAUGAUUCUUACAAUAAAUUCAUGCAGAAGAAUAAAAUCAAGUCCAGAAAAAUGUUCACCUGUCCAUCUGAAUAUGUUUGAGUUUUUCUCUGUAAGGCCUCAUGAAUGUAUUUCAUGUUUCAUUCUCAGAGUUCAGUCUCAUGUUUUCAGAAACUGUUUGGAUUUGAAAUGUCUGAAUGUUAAAACCUCAGCAGCUCCUUUGUUUCUCAGCAGCUUCAGCCUGUUGAACCUGCAGCUCUGCAGCUUGUUGCUAACAAACAUGAUGAUCCUGUUUGUCUGCAGCUAAAAACAGUAAAGAGAUCAACUUUAUGUUUUCAAUGCUUUUAUGUAGAAAUGCUUAGAAAUUAAUCUAAUAAUGCAAUAAACUGCAGUUCACAUUAAA